AUGUCCUCCACCGCCAUCAUCUCCGCCGACGACGACGCCCUCGAGCCGUCGCUGCAGUCGCUGCUCGACCAGCGCUCCCUCCGCUGGAUCUUCGUCGGCGGCAAGGGCGGCGUCGGCAAGACCACCACCUCGUGCUCCCUCGCCAUCCAGCUCGCCCGCGUCCGCCGCUCCGUCCUGCUCAUCUCGACCGACCCCGCCCACAACCUCUCCGACGCCUUCUCCCAAAAGUUCGGCAAGGAGGCCCGCCUCGUCAACGGCUUCGACAACCUCAGCGCCAUGGAGAUUGACCCCAACGGCAGCAUGCAGGACAUGCUCGCCGGCCAGGCCGAGCAGGACGACGCCAGCUCCGGCAUGGGCGGCAUGAUGCAGGACCUCGCCUUUUCCAUCCCCGGAAUCGACGAGGCCAUGUCCUUUGCCGAGGUCCUCAAGCAGGUCAAGUCCCUCUCCUACGAGACCAUCGUCUUCGACACCGCCCCGACCGGCCACACCCUGCGCUUCCUGCAGUUCCCCACCGUCCUCGAAAAGGCCCUCGCCAAGCUCGCCCAGCUCUCCGCCCAGUACGGCCCGCUCCUCACCGGCUUCCUCGGCCCCAACGCGCAGCUGCCCAACGGCCAGUCCCUCGCCGACAUGACCGAGAAGCUCGAGUCCCUCCGCGCCACCAUCGCCGAGGUCAACGCCCAGUUCAAGGACGCCGACCUCACCACCUUCGUCUGCGUCUGCAUCGCCGAGUUCCUCAGCCUCUACGAGACGGAGCGCAUGAUCCAGGAGCUCACCGGCUACGGCAUCGACACCCGCUCCAUCGUCGUCAACCAGCUGCUGUUUCCCAAAUCGGGGUCCGACUGCGACCAGUGCACGGCCCGGAGAAAGAUGCAGGCCAAGUACCUGGACCAGUACGAGGAGCUCUACGCGGAGGACUUCAACGUCGUCAAGAUGCCCCUGCUCGUCGACGAGGUCCGCGGCAAGGAGAGGCUGGAGAAGUUUAGCGACAUGCUCGUACACCCCUACGUCCCCCCGCAGUGA